AUGUCCAAUUUCAGCUGGCCUGGAUCUGGUAACCCGAAUGCGUUACUUAUGAUGAGCCAAGCGCAAAUGUUUGGCGGAAUGGGCGGAUUCGGGGGAAGCUCAGGCGCGGGGUCUCCACCCGACCGCGGGUGUAUACACGGAGAAGGGGAGGCAUCGGGGCAGCAGCAGCAAGGGCGGAGCCCGUCCGCUGCGGCUGCGCGUUCCGCCGCCAGCGAGAGGCUCGGGCGCCGGCGCGGGGAGGAGCGGAGCAGCCGCGGAGGACCCGCGCGGAGCGGAGUGGACGACGCGCGGAAAGGUGGCUUACGGAAGAGCGCGAGCACGCGGUCCGCGGGGUCCCGGGGUCCAGCGGCCACUGCGCCUGCUGGUGCCAUCGGCGGAGGCGGAGGCGGAGGGGCGGGCGGAGGGGGAGCGGUUGGCGCGAUGUCGACGACGAGUGGGCGGAGCAUGAAGAGCACUAUGAAGAGCGGGGCGCGGGGCGCGGUGAAGGGCGGAAAGGGGAAGAAGCGCAAGGAGAUGGUGGUUGGUGACGGCGCAGAGAUUUUGACACAAGCGCAGCAGGAGCAAGCGCAGGAGCGCGCGGAAGGAUCGGCGGGAGCAGCCGCGGAAGCAGCGGAGAGAGCGGGAGUGGGAGCGGGAGCGGGAGCAACAGAGGAGGAGCUAUUUCGGGGAAUUGAGGUUCUUCGCGCUGCCGCCGUGGCUGCGCGGGAGGAGGAGAGGCGCGCGCGCACCGCAAUCGAACAUCAGGGAACUGGACUUUGCUGCGCGGAUGCGGCGGCGGAGGCUGCAGUGCAGGCGGAAGGGGAUGAUGACGAUGCGCGGAUGGUACCUGCGCAGGUGGACGCGGAUGAGCGAACGGGGGUGGAGGAAGGAAUGGGACUGGCGGAAACGGGCAACAAAGGGGAAAGCUUCGGGGAGCAGCGCGAGGCGCGGGCUCUAGGGCGCUUCCGCGCGGCUGCCGCCGCCGCUGCCGCCGCCGCCGCCGCGGGCGUUGCUGCUGGGUGCGCCAGCUCUUACCAUGGCGGGAUGGUGGCGACGAGCGAAGGAGUAUCACCCCUCCCUGCCGCUGCUGCUGCGCUCCCUUCUCAUCCUGCCCCUGCUGCAUCCGCCCGUGCCUCUUCUCCCGCUUCUGCUGCCACUGCUGGUGCCGCUUCUCCUGCUGCUGCCGCUGCUGCUUCCGCGGGCGCGGAGGCGGCGGGAGGCAUGUUGGCGAUGGUGCUGGGAAUGGCGGGAGGCGUGGAGGACGAGGAGGAGGAGCGGUUUCGGCGGGAGAGCAGGAAGCGGAGCAGGCGCGCGGAGGAGGGGCGGGGGCUGGGCGCGGGGGAGGCAGACGGGGAGGUCGCAGGGGAGAGCAAGAGGGGGAAGCGGGAGGGAGGGGGGGAGAUGUGUAUGGGUGAUCUGGUUGGUGCGGUGGGGCAGAAGGAGUUUUGGCGCGUGAGAAAGGGCAUUGUGCGGCAGCAGCAUAUCUUCUCCACACAACUGUUUGAGCUUCACCGACUCAACAGGGUGCAGCAGGGGCUGAUGCACCAUCCACUGAACGCCAAAAAUUCUGCUGCUGCUGCCGCUGCUGCAGCAGCUGGUGAUGGUCUCGACGAUACUGCUGCUGCUCCAGUUGGGAGCAUUGCGGAUGUUUGCCAAGCGCCGUGCCCCAGCCGUCGUACUGGCAGCAGCAGCGGGGCGCGAGGAACUGUCGCUGCCACAGAGAGCGGUUUCCCUGAUGUGCUUGAGAAGUCGGCAUCAACGGGCGGCAGUGCGGGAGCCACUGCAGCUGUAGAAACACCAUUGCUAGCAACAGCAGUUGCAGCAGCAGCAGCAGCGGCAGCAGCAGCGGCAGCAGCAACGGCAGGUGCUAGCAUGAAGCCGCCUCCUGCCCGUUCUCCCCACAGCCGCCCACCAGUAUCCCCUGCUCCCCGCCUCACCACCAUUCCCUCCUUCCCUGCUUUCACCGACGCGCCUGCUGCCGCUGAUGCCGGAGCAUCUAUGUCAGCAGCAGCAUCACCAGCGGGAGCAGCCAUGCCAGCAGCACCAGUGUGGGUGCAUCUGGGGCAGGCCCAUCUGGAGCAGGUGCAUCUAUGA